AUGCGGUCGAGACUCGUUGCCAACUUUGACGAGUAUCUCACCGAAGCGCACAAUCUCGGCAAGAAGAUUUCCCCAUUGUUUGGUGCCCUGUUCUCAGCCGAGUACACCAUCAUCUAUUUGGGUUUCGGACUUGCCUUUUGGCAGGGUAUCAACAUGAUGGCCCGGGGCGAGAUCAAGGACUCUGGCCAGAUUUUCACUGUCCUCCUUUCCGUUGUCAUCGCUGCCAUUAGCUUAACCUCUCUCGCCCCUUACUCGAUCGAAUUCACUCGUGCAGCAGCCGCAGCAGAUCAGAUGUUUACCCUCAUCGACCGCAGGUCAAAUAUCAACCCCUUUGACGAGUCUGGCGAGCAGCCAACUCAGACAGUCGGCCAAAUCGAGAUUAAGAAUGUAACUUUUGCUUACCCCACACGCCCCGAUACCGUUGUGCUGGACGACUUUACUCUCAAUGUUCCUGCCGGCAAAGUUACCGCGCUCGUAGGCCAAAGCGGUUCUGGAAAGAGCACCAUUGUCGGUCUCAUCGAGCGAUGGUAUAAUCCCAGUGCCGGCACAAUAAAGCUGGAUGGCAGGCCUCUUGAUCAGCUCAACAUCAACUGGCUGCGCAAGAAUGUCCGUCUCGUCCAGCAAGAGCCCGUGCUGUUUCAAGGUUCCGUCUACGACAACAUUGCUUACGGUCUCGUCGGCACCCCGUGGGAGAAUGUUCCACGCGAGGAAAAGCUCGCUCGAGUCCAAGAAGCUGCAAGGCUUACUUUUGCUCACGCGUUUGUCUCUGAUCUUCCCAAGGGUUACGAUACUGAGAUUGGUCAGCGCGGCGACUUGCUCUCUGGUGGACAGAAGCAGCGCGUUGCCAUUGCCCGAAGCGUCGUCUCCGGACCAAAGGUUUUACUCCUCGACGAAGCCACCAGUGCCCUAGACCCUCACGCUGAGGGCGUUGUGCAACAAGCUCUUGACAAGGCUUCCGAGGGCAGGACCACCAUUGUGAUUGCACACAAAUUGGCCACUAUUCGCAAGGCUGACAACAUCGUGGUCAUGACCAAAGGCCAAUUUGUCGAGCAAGGAAGCCAUGACAACCUCAUUGCCCAGGAUGGAGCGUAUGCUAAACUGGUCAAGAUUCAGAGCCUGGCCGUCUCUGAAGCUCCCUCGGACAGGGACAGCAAAGAAGCCAAGUCUGACGAAAUGGGUGAUCCUGUCGAUUUGACUAAGAGCCCAACUCGGUAUGCCACCAAUGAUCAGGCGCGACUUGAGGUGCAGAAGAACCGUGACGACUUUGCCGACCACAAGCCUCUGGGUCUGAUUGCUUGCGUGUUCCGUCUGAUGAAGGAAACGCCAGAGUUGAAAUGGACCUAUUUUAUGGUUGUUCUUGGAUGUUGUGGUGCUGUUUUUCCAGGGCAGCCGGAGUGCAUGCAGGCUUGGCAAGGGCCACGCCUUGCCUACUCUUUCAUGCAACGAGCAAUUGCCCAUCAUGGCAUUGCGUAUAAGCCAUAA